AUGGAUAAAAAUGGUCUAAGUCGAUUGUCAAUAUUAAAUUCAAAUGGAAAAGAAUAUUUAUAUCGUUUAAGAAGUUCACAUACUGAAAAUGAUGUUCUUCUACUUAUUGCUUAUCCAUCAAAAGACAUUGUGGCUUAUCUUCAAGGUCAAUGGAGAAAUGAAACAUUAAAUGUAACUUAUGAUAUAUUUAAUUAUACAACAAAUCAAUGGACAAAUGGAACAAUUAAGAAAACCUUUAAUGUAUUUAUUGAAAAAUAUUUUAUUGAAUGGGAUGGUCAAAAUUUCCUAAUGAAAAAGAAACUUUUUUCAAUCAAUCAUAAAUUUUAUGAUGAAAACCAAGAUGUCUUAGCUCAAUUUCGAAUGCGUUUUCGUUGGUUUAAUUGGUCAUUGAUAAAAUAUGAUUUGAAAAUAUAUUCAGAUAAAUUACCUGAUGCUGUGUAUUUUUUUUCAAUCGCCAUUGUAGAUCAUAACAAUAUAUUUCAAGAAUAA